AUGGCUGUGCGCGGCGCCAACACCUUGACGCCCUUCUCCAUCCAGGCGAUCCUCAACAAGAAAGAGGAGCGCGGCGGGCUGCCCGCGACCGAGGGGCGCUCGGUACCCGGGGGCACAGCGGUGGCAGUGGCUUCGGCGCCCGCUGUCUGUUGCUGGCGGCUCUUUGGGGAGACAGACGCGGGCGCGCUGGGGGGCGCCGAGGACUCUCUGCUGGCGUCUCCUGCGGGGACCAGAACGGCUGCGAGGCGGACGGCGGAGAGCCCGGGCGGCUGGGACUCGGACUCGGCGCUGAGCGAGGAGAACGAGGGCGGCCGGCGCUGCGCGGACCCGCCGGGGGCCAGCGGGGCCUGCCGUGCAGGGGCGACCCUGGGCCUCGGCCAGCCGGUCUGCGAGCUGCCCGCCGCCAAGGACCUGGAGGAGGAAGCCGCAGGCCGGAGCGACAGUGAGAUGUCGGCCAGCGUCUCAGGCGACCGCAGCCCGAGGGCCGAGGACGACGGGGUUGGCCCUGGAGGCGCACGCGUGCCCACGCUCUGCAGCGGUGGUGGCGGCGGCGGCGGCGGCAGGCCGGCGGGCGGCGCGGAGGAGGAGGAGGGACCCGCGGCGCCUAAGCCGCGCAAGAAGCGUUCGCGCGCCGCCUUCUCGCACGCGCAGGUCUUCGAGCUGGAGCGCCGCUUCAACCAUCAGCGCUACCUAUCCGGGCCGGAGCGCGCAGACCUGGCAGCGUCGCUGAAGCUCACCGAGACGCAGGUGAAGAUCUGGUUCCAGAACCGUCGCUACAAGACCAAGCGCCGGCAGAUGGCUGCCGACCUGCUGGCCUCGGCGCCCGCCGCCAAGAAGGUGGCGGUGAAGGUGCUGGUCCGCGACGACCAGAGACAGUACCUGCCCGGAGAGGUGCUGCGACCACCCUCGCUGUUGCCCCUGCAGCCCUCCUACUAUUACCCUUAUUACUGCCUCCCCGGCUGGGCGCUCUCCACGUGCGCGGCUGCUGCGGGCACCCAGUGAGCCGGCCUGCGGUGAGGCCGCGAAGGAUCCCAGCGCCCCAGCUCCGGACGGGCGCCGAUGGCCCUGCAGGGUUGUGCCGGGUACAGGGGCGCCCCGCCGAGGGAGGGCGGCAGGUGGAGGAUGAAAUCCAGCCCGGCUCCUCUCUCCAGGACGUGCGCCCUGGCCGCAGGAACUGGGUCUACCCAGACGAGGGCGCCUUUUUUUCUAGUUGGAACAGAGGCAUCCUAUGGCCUAGGGACCCGACUUCCCCGCGUCCCCACCUGCUGGGAAGCCCUCGGACACUAUUUAUUACCACCGCACUGUUGAAUUUGGGUUGUGUCUGCCUGGGGGUGGCGUUUCCUAGAGCGGAGAGAGCUCCUGGAGACCACGGAAGCCUGAAUCCCAGCAUGUCAGGCCUGCCGGGAGCUUCGUGCGCUAGGCCACACUAGUUCAUGGUAUCCAUGCUACCGAUCUAUGUGUAUCUACAUAUCUAUUAUUUUUGGAAAUCGCAUUUGUUACAAAGGGGUGCAGAACCCGGGCAGUCCCCAAGGAGCCCCAGGCUAGGGGUUCAUUGAACCGUGAAGUGCUUGGUUUGCGGGCUCUCUGCCCCAUCCCUCCCCGCUGUCGAAGCUCGGGUUGGGGCGCCUGACUGGGGGCUGAAUGUACGGAAGGGAGCCUCUGGGCAGAGCCCCGGCCCGGCGUCUUCCCUCUCGGAGUCCCGGGGCUCCUGGAAGCCCCUGAACCAGGAGAGCGCGCAAACCAGGAGUCCUUCGCAGAACUUUACUCUCUUUCUUUUCCUUCCUCUCUCUCUCUCUUUUUUUUUUCUCUCUCUCUCUCUUUUUUAAGGAGGUUAAAACUUGUAGCACUUUGCAGUUGUUUGUAUUCAAAUGACGGUUAUUUUUGUAUUCAAUGUGAAUAUCCCCUCCGCCCUCCGCGACUCCUGCCUCCGGACCCGGGUUCUCCCAUCCCUGUCCCUAAGACAGGUGACCCUGUCAACCUCGCCGCUUGUCGCCUCCUUAAGGGCACUGUGCACUCAACUAGAGUAUUAACUUUAAAAAGAUUUGUGAAAUUUGGAAGCUCUAUUCGUUGUAUU